AUGAACACUUAAAGAAAACUUGGACUUUAGACAGUGGAAAUCCAUAUGAUAUAAGUAAGUAUAUUUAAUACUUAACUUAGGGGUUCAUUGUUAAAAAAUAUCUGUAAUGUGUUAUUUAGCCAUGUGUCAAAUUAAUUAGUGUAUUUAAACAGAAGAUUGUUUUCUUAGUCUGUCACUAAGUCUAAAGAAGAUAAAUAAUUCAAUUAGGUCGAGUUGCCAACAGUUAACUCAUAGACUGA